UUCUUUCCUUCUUCCAAAACCCUAAACAUAUUUAUUUUAUAAAUUACUUUAAAAAAAAAAUCAUAUUCUUGAAAAUUCCCAAACUUUCAGGUUCUGCCAUUUUCCACGGAAAAACAGCUUCGCUUGAUCGUUUCUCUUAUAAUCUCCGAUAAAAACUGAAAAGCCAAAAGAAAAGAGGGAAAAAGAAUUGAGUUUAGGAAAAUGGCAGAGGAAUUGUCGCUGGAUUUGGAGGAGCUAAGGCAACUUCAAAGCAUCGCGAAGAGGCCACGUAUUCUAUCUCUUAUUUCCUCUGAGAUUCGCAACUUGGAAAAGUUGCAGACAUCGAAAGAUGAUGCCAAUGCACCUCCUUCUGGUGCUGUUUCACAAAUUGCAACACCCAUAUCAACCUCAGUUAAGGUUCCAGCUAACCAAGCAUUGAGUUAUGUUACACUGGCCUCGUUCAGCUGGGAUCAGGAUAAUGAUAAAGUCAAGAUAUAUGUCUCUCUAGAAGGAGUUGAUCAGGAAAAAGUUCAGUCAGAGUUCAAGCCAAUGUCAUUUGAUGUUAAAUUUCAUGAUGUCCAAGGAAAGAACCAUCGAUGUGCCAUUCCAAAACUGAACAAGGAAAUUGUGCCAGAGAAGUGCAAGGUGGUAGUUAAGCCUACAAGAGCGAUCAUCACAUUGUUGAAAGCGUCUAAAGGGAAUUGGUCUGAUCUGCACUUCAAGGAGGACAAGCUGAAGCCAAAUUUGGAUAAAGAGCGAGAUCCCAUGGCUGGAAUCAUGGACUUAAUGAAGAAUAUGUACGAGGAAGGAGAUGAAGAAAUGAAGAGAACAAUUGCCAAAGCGUGGACUGAUGCAAGAUCUGGCAAAACAGGCGAUCCUCUGAAGGAUUAUCGUUGAAUCUAACAUAAAAGGAGCAUAGAUAUUUUAGUUCAAUGGCCUGUUUUUGUGUUUUUUCCUGCCUGUCGUCUCGUGUUCAAGUUGUAGGAAACUUGUAUCUGGACGUUUUGUUCUUGCUCUGAAGUGUCAUUGCGCACAUAGACCGAUGCAUUCUACAUGUUUAUCCAAUGUUUUUUGAGAUCUUUACUGUGAGCAAGU